ACAGGCAGGAAACACCUCUGUAAAGGUGUGGCUUUAAAUGUUUGUGUUGAGGAUACAAAGGAAAAGACUGGACAGUUUUAACAACAAAUGUUGUCGACCCACAAUUAGCUGCAAUGACAACGUCCCUGAAACACAGACGUUUCUGUUCUGAGCCAAUGGGGGAUAAACUUGUUUAUGAGAUUCCUGGAAUUGGUUCUGUGCUGGGCGGACGACUACAGAACAGGGGUAUAAUGAGAGCACGAGACGUCCUGGGGCGAUUCCUGGUCUUGAACAAGGAUGAGUGGAAAUUUAAGAACUGGCUUAGAGACACAUGUGGGGCAAAUGCAAAGCAGCAGAGGGACUGUUACAACUGUAUGAGGGAAUGGACAAGUAAUAAUUUGUAAAUUAACAGAUUUGUCUAGAUAAAUCGAGAGGGGCCAGUCGAGGUGGCUCGGGCAUCUGUUCCGGAUGCCUUCCUGGGAAGGUGUUCUGGGUGCGUCCCACUGGGAUGGAGGGACUAUGUCUCCCGGCUGGCCUGGGAGCACCUCGGUGUCCCCCCGGAAGAGUUGGAGGAAGUGUACAACCAAAAUAGUUUCCAUUCACUUUAAUGUCAUUGUACGAGUAUAUCAAUUUAUUAUAUAUGGAUAAUCUGUUUACUAGGGAUUUAUGUUCAGUGAUGUGGAAAUAAACAAUCUGUGAUUGUCA